UCUCUAUUCAAACCCCAAGACUUUCCAUUCAUUAUUUUAAUUUUCUUUUUUUUUCUCUUUAUCUUAUAUAUGUAUUCAAUUGCAAAUAACUUCAAGAGAUAAGCUACAAAGUCUCACUACCAUUCUCUCUCUCUUUCUCUCACACACACACACACAGGCACACUGUCUUCUCUUCUCUUCUCUUCUGCUUUUUCAUUUUCUUCCUCUUGUUCUUCAUGUCUGAUGAAGCUAAACAACUUCUCUACCAAGACCUUAUUCUUGAUCAUCAUCAGAAUCAGAAUAUUAUUGCAGGAGGAGGAAGAUUAUCCAACAACAUGUUCUGUGAGAAGCAGUUUCCAUCAUCAUCAUCAUCAUCACAAGUAGCGUUUGAUCCAUCUUCAUACAUGAGCUUCACUGAAUGCCUUCAAGGAGGGAUGGACUAUAACUCGCUUGCAACUUCUUUUGGUUUGUCUCCUUCUUCAUCGGAGGUCUUUUCAUCCAUCGAAGGCAACAAUAAUAAUCAAAAGCUCGAAGGUGAUGUAUUAGGAACUGGUGGCGGUGGUGGAGGUAGUGAAACCCUUGCAACCCUGAACUCAUCGAUCUCUUCGUCAUCAUCUGAAGCCGGGGGCGAAGAAGAUUCUGGAAAGAGCAACAAAGAUAGCCAGGUCAAAGAAGAAGCAGCAGGAGAAACCUCUAAGAAGGGGAACAAGGAGAAUAAUAAUAAUAAGAAGAAAGGGGAGAAGAAGCAGAAGGAGCCAAGGUUUGCGUUCAUGACAAAGAGCGAGGUUGAUCAUCUUGAAGAUGGAUACCGAUGGAGAAAAUACGGACAGAAAGCCGUUAAGAAUAGCCCUUAUCCAAGGAGUUACUACAGAUGCACGACACAGAAGUGCAGCGUGAAGAAACGCGUGGAGAGGUGUUAUCAGGAUCCAACGACUGUGAUAACAACCUAUGAAGGUCAACACAACCAUCCAGUCCCCACUUCUUUGAGAGGGAAUGCGGCUUCAAUGUUCACACCUUCCAUGCUCUCCAUCUCCGCCCCCACUCCCCUCCUCUCAUCCGCCGCACAUCACGACCUCGCCCUUUUUGCUCCCCUUUCCCACCACCACAACCAAUAUUCCGCUGCUUCUGGAUCAUUGUUUCAUCACCAUCAGAGCAUUAACAACAACUUUAAUAACAACAACAAUAAUAAUAAUAAUAACUCUCUUCUUCUUCUCAAUCAUCAUCAUCAUCCGUAUAAUAAUCAGCAGCUUCCUCCUGAAUAUGGCCUCCUUCAAGACAUGCUCCCUUCCAUGUUCCUCAAGCAAGAGCCAUGAGAUCAUGUAGUAUGUAUCUCCCAUUUCUAUCACGCACUAUAUAUAUAUAUAUAUAUGUCUUUGGACUACUUCUUUAAUUGUUAUCAUCUCUCAUCUUGUACAUAUAUAUGGUUAUUAAGGUUAAAUUAUAUAUAGCAGGGUAUAGUUAUUAGUUUAAUUUCUAUCAUUAUGUAUUUCUGACUCAGCUCAUUCCAAUUGCGUCGUUUAUAUUAGCGGCAACUCUUGUGUUCGUCCAAGAGAAUAUUUCAUAUUUAGCUAGGAGAGGUUAUAUUAAUAGCUAGCUAUAUAUUUUAUGUGCUUAAUUAUUCGAUCUGCAUAUAUAUAUGCUGCUCAUUUCAUAGGUUUA